ACCACCCGAUCCGAUACUGUUGCAGAGUCGCGUGUAUAAAAGGCUCGGUAUCCGCCGACCGCCGCAUCAAAGCAUCUGCAGCAGACGGUCCAGGUCCACUGUGCGAUACCAAAUAGUUUUCAUUCGUUUUCGAUCGAGUAAUCUCACAACCACCAACCAGAAACAUGAAGGUAAGCGUAUCGCGAUUUUAUCGUAAAAUCAAUAACCAAUCAUCACUGUACGACGUAACAGGUUUCCCCGGUUCGUAUAGGAACGAGACGGAGUCGAUUCGACUGAAAAAAAAAAAUGUUUCUCCAUCAAACCCGCGAUUCCCCGACUUUUGAAUUAAUAAUAUCGUCUGUCUGUAUUCGAAUAUUUCGUUUGUAGAUAUUAUACUAUAUUAUAUAUUUUGUUUAAUAAACUCCAUUUGGCCCGUUUCCGAUACGUUUAGUAGGCAAUCUCCAUCGCCAAUCUCCAGGUUUCUCUCCGAUUUUCACUGUACCUUCAAAUAAAUCAAAUACAAAUCAGCACGUAACCACCGUACAAUCGUAAAAUAACAUUUUCAUAUCGUCACCUGUUUUGUUUUCAAACCGUUCAACGUUAAACUAUUAAUUUCGAAUUCUGCGCACAGUUUUUCAAACUUUUCAAUGCGAAUUCCGAGGACAUUAGGUAGUUAUUGCAUAGGACAAAAUAAAAAAUAUCGUCUAAAUAAAAUCGUUUCGCAUUAUUUAAAACCAAAUUUUCACCGUAGAAAAAUGAAAAGGAAAUAAUUAUUAUCGUUUUAAAACCUUUUAUGAUGUUUCUUUGUUUUAAAAAUAUUAACAGCUUUAUUCGCUAUAUUGAAUAAAUUACAAAUACAAAACAUUGCCCGUUCUUUUAUUUUCCCGACACAAAUUCGAUUUCUUAACUAUAAGAUCGAACGGGUUUGUGGCAUCAUAAAAAAUUGGAUUCUCCGUAAAUAUGUUAGUUGAUCUCGGUUUGCAGUGACACUGUAACACCACUACUUAUUAAAACCUUAUUAAGACCUUAUUAAAAAUUGAUUUGAAAAUUAAUUAAAAUAGGUUACUCAACACGAAAAUUAAUAUUUGAAUGUAUUAUUAUUUGUUAAUGUACUAUUAUUAUGGUUUCCACAGGUUAUUAUGGUAACGCUGUUGUUGGCCGCCGUCGCCCUGUCCGCCACCGAAGCCGGUCUAGUGUACCACGCACCAGCCAUCGUACCAGCCGCCACCGUGUACACUGCCCCGGCACCCGCUUUGGUCCGUACCCCGAGCUUGGACAGCGCCGUAGUGCACUCCGAACGCGUAGGCGGCAACUUCGCCUACAGUACCGUCGAGGGACACGCUUACACCGCGCUCACCCCGGUGGUCCACCACGCUCCCGCCCCGGUAGCCAUCGCCUACAAGGCCCAACCGAUCGUCGCCCCGUUGCCCGUGGUCCACGCGGCCGCCCCGUUGCCCGCCGUCUACGCGUCCCCGGCAAAAACCUUCUUCUACGCUCACUGAUAAACGACGACGACAACGACAUCUAUAAUAAUAAUUAUCGCCCGCCCACCCCGUGUUCGAUCUAGUUUUUUUUUUUUUUUUUAUUGUAUUACUUAUUUUUUUCUACACGAUUUGUUUGUAUUCAAGUUGGACAAACCUCUCGAUAUACACGUAUCUACCUAUUUAAAACGUAUACAAUAAAUUUAAGCCCAUUCAUAUUAUUGUAUAAUAUUGUAAAUGGCAAAUUUCUCUUUCCAGUAAAUGCCCCGGUCCGAAUGUAUACAGAUUACUCGUAUUACAUAUUAUUUUGUAUGUUUUCUUACUACCAAAUAAAAAAUAUCCGAUUGGAAAAAUAUUUUUAUU